GCGAGUCCACCUUCGUUUUGAACACUGCCACCAACGGUCUUGUUUGGAAGCAACCAAAAUGGCAGCCAGAGGUACGAAAGUUGCGAGAGCUGCGGUUACCGCAGCCAAGGAAGCUAUAAAGCCUGUAAUGUCCCAGGACGAGAAUGAAGCAAAACGCCGGGUCUUGCAACUUUAUAAAGCGUGGUACAGGGAGGUUCCACACACAGUAUUUGCCUAUAAGCUGGAUAUCAGUGUACAGCAAGGAAGAAAUAAGCUCAGAGAGAUGUUUAUGAGGAAUGCUCAUGUUCAAGAUAUUCGAGCUAUAGAUUUGCUUGUCUUGAAGGGCGGAAUGGAUUUAGAAGAAACUCACAAAGCUUGGAAACAGCGUACUCACAUCAUGCGAUAUUUCCAUGAAACCGAAAAAGAACCAAAGCAAGAUUUUCUAACCAAGUUCUAUGAGGGGAAUUGAUUAUUGUCUAGAUAUUUAUUUGGCUUAUUAGCUAUGCCAAAUGUAUUGAGAAAAACAUUUUUAACCAAGAUAAAAACACACUGUAAUACAGUGAAGUUAGAGCAUAUUUGUACAACUUCAUUUUUCUUUUCACAUGAUGUCAUAUUUGACCAAAUCUGACUUGUAUAUUCCAAUGUAUUUCAGUCGUUGGUAAAAGUGACUACCACUUUAUGAUGUAUUAUUAUAUUUGCAUUUUGUUACAUGAUAUGUGCAAGUGCAAAUGUUCUAAAAAUAUCUCCACCCUUUAUAGUAGCCCAUGCCUAAAGCAUGAUAAAGGUGUUUGUUCUCUUCAUGACAGAUGUGAAAAAUGUGAUGAUGGAAGACUUGUUUUUCUCAUUGUAUUUGCAAUGCACAGGUCAAAACGAGAUAAAUGUAAAUUAGAAACCAUGUUUUUCUGAAAUAAGUAUUUGCUGUUUUUGUUGAUGCAGGGCAGGUUGGUGUGUUUUGACUCCUGCCUGUGCUUCUUGCAUUCUUGUACGAUAGAGCAUUCAAGCCUGGUUUGUUAAUGAUUAAGCUUUGAAGCUAGUUUUAAAUAAUAAAGAGUGUUAUAUAUCUAGCACCAAAAACAA